AAAAAUAAGAUUUCCAUAUCGGUCCAUAAGAUAAACCACACCUUAAAUUUUGAAUAGAAAGACGCACGAGUUUUAUGAUCAAUAUUUUUUUUAAAGAAGCGGACAGACACAGUCUACAUCUUAGAUUAUUCCUUAAUCUCCACUUCUCUAAUAAGAAGAAUGGCAAGCUGAGCUGAGACCAAUUCUCCUAUCCAGUUGAUUCUAGAAGAUCUAUAUUUCACAAAAUCCCAGUGUAUACAUUAAACAAAUAAUAUAAAUAAUGUGAGAUAUGAGUGCUUUACAAGACUUUAUUUGAGGGCCGAACUUAAAGGGACUGCUUCACGUUUUUUGAUCUUUUUUUUUUCGCUUAAAUAUAACCCAUUUAAAAUUGACAACUAAAAUUUGGACCUUCCUAAUGCAAGGCUAAUCAAUAUUCUAGCCUUAAAACUCUGUUAUGUGAACAUGUUUAUGUCUACAAACAAACUAGUGAAAUGUUUAUUUUGCAAUUUAAAGCAUCCAGAUUUUGCAUAAACACAAGUUAAAAAUUCAAAUAGCAUAGGCCUAUUUUACCUAAAGAAUACUUGAAAUGUACAUCAAAAACUUAGAUUGAUAACCACUUUUGUAAACAACAAACUCUCUGAAAUGAGCUUCUGUCAGAAUGUAUAAACUUCAGCUUUUGUUAGACCUUUCAAACACAUUAGCCUGUAGAUUUUGAUAGGUAAAAGUGAAAAACAAUCGUUUAAAAAAGGCACUGAAAAGUGAGCGGAAACAUAACAGUACGAGUUAUUUGAGAAGGGUCAAGGACGUAGGCAAUCUCUACCCAGAGUUAUCGUUCCUUACAGUGAGAGCAAGGAACGACAACUUUGGGACGUAGAGGGAAAAUCCUCUAGACUUUAGAUCUAACGAAUGGAAAGACUCUGAUGAUUCCGAAUGCAAAGUGUAAACAUGGCAGGGAAUGAGAAAAAAGAUAUUGAACUUACUUUUGAAAUAGCUGGAAAUGAAGACUCGCAAGUGUCUGAUGAACCACUAACUUAUAUCAUUGAAACUAUUGGCAGCAGCAGCAGCAACGAAGUCAAUAUGGAAACCAAUGACUCGCAUUCGGAGAAUGUACAGUUUGUAGAAGUACCAGCUGACCAACUAGCUAACUUAGGACUGCUCGCAACAAUAUCAUCUGACCAAUCUAGAGAUGACUCUAAUCAAAUUAUUCAGUUGACCGCAGCUGAUGAUCUACAGAACAUCAGUAUAGCUACAGAACCAGGAACCUCUGGAUUUCAGUUAGUGCAGGGUGGAGGUGAAAGUGAUUUCGUUAUGCCGGGAAUAGAACCAACUCUGCAAUACUUGACAGGAAAGAUAAGUUUUGCAGAGUUCAGUCAGCUGAUGGAAUCUGGAGAACCUGAUGCUACUGUUGAACUAGAUAAUGUUAUACAGACAAUAGAAGUAACAGAUGUUGUGACAGAUGUAAAAAUGCCUGAAGAGGAUGCACAGGAGGAGGAGGAGGAGCCAGAGGACAGCACCAGCCAAUCAGAGGACACCGAUAGCUUAUCUCCUAAAAAGAAAACCCGUACAUGGACAGGCUUUCUGUUUCAGAAAUAUAAUGAUUUACCCAUACAUCUCGAGGGUAUGAUGGGAGAAGCUAAUCUCAAAUUUGCAAAAGGAGAUCAUGAGGAAGCCAUUUCAAUUUGCAUGGAAAUCAUCAGAAUGGCUCCUGAGGCAUACAUGCCUUUCCAGACCCUGGGCAUGAUUUAUGAAGACCAAGGGGAUCUCAAGAAAUCUCUUCAGUAUAGUUUAAUUGCGGCCUACUUGAACCCGGUGGACCGUGACGGCUGGAUUAGACUGGCUGAGCUGAGUCUGGAGCUGCAGGACAAACAGCAGGCCAUCAUCUGUUAUUCUAAAGCAAUCCGAGCGGAUCCUCAGAAUCCCAGUAAUCUUGACAUAUUCUGGAACAGAAGUCAUUUGUAUGAGGAGUUAGGGGAGAAGAAAAGAGCCCUAGAGGGAUACAAAGCCAUGAUGAAAAUUGCACCCCCGAAGGAUGGAGAUCGGUAUAUGGAACUCGCUAGGACAAUUACAAAGCAUUAUUAUGAGGAGGAUGAUAAAGUGUCUGCCAUGGAAACCAUGAAGAAUGCUUUUGAAUCCAAUUCUGAAAAUGUUACUGCAGAAGAUGUGAAUUUAAUUAUGGAACUCUUGAUGACUCAGAAAAUGUUUCUACAAGCUAUAGAGGUGCUUGUAAACCACUGUGGAGUGGUGUUUAAUUUGAACAUCAACAGAGAAUGGAGCAAGGACGUAGCCUUAAACACCUCACUGAUAGAGAAUGGAGCCGUGAAAAUCGUUUCUGUUGCUAUCCCAGAACUGCUCCCUAUUGACCUAAGAGUCAAACUUGGAAUAUGUUUGAUACAGAAUAAAUUAAAUGGCAUAGCACAGGUUGUUGUGACACCGCUGUUUAACGAAGAUAUGGAGGAAGUUGGAGAUUUAUAUUUAGAUGUAGCUGAGGCCUAUAUGGAUCAAGAAUAUUUUGCAGAAGCUAAAUCAAUUCUCCAGCAAUUAGUGCACUCUGAAAAUUUUAAUCUGGCUGCGGUGUGGUUGCGACUUGCGGAGUGCCUGAACUCCCUAGGAGAGUUAGAGGGAGCAGUGGAUGCUUAUAGUAAGGUUGUGGAAAUGGCACCCUCUCACAUCGGGGCUAGAAUGUCCCUGUCUACACUGCAGCAACACCUUGGGAAGCAUGAGGAAGCAUUAAAAGUGUUGCAGAGAGAUGAGUCUGAUGGUUUAUUAACCAAACAGGAGAAAUCUCUGUUGAUGCACAAGUGUAUGUUGCUUCACGCCCAGGGAAAAUUUGAUGAGUUCCAAGAUACCUGUAAAUCAUUGCUGUUCAACAUGUUCAAGAAUUUGAAUGACCCAGACUUCAUCAAAGCUGUGUAUUGCUGUAGAUCAUAUAAAACCAGGCGAGAACUUCUUCAGGAGCAUUUCAAACAAGGCUAUAAAGAGAGCACAAAAUCUGAGAUUCCUGUUGAUGAUUUGUGGGAUUUAUUUGUAAAGCUGUGUGAGAUGCUGUUAAACAAUAAGAAGUAUGAAGACCUGCUGCAAGUCACAGCCCUAGGAAUGUCUUGCCCGUAUUUCAUGUUAGAGCCAAGGAAAUUAAAGCAAACAGAGUUCAUGUGUUUGAUAGCAUGUCUCCUGACCAAGAACGAAUCCUUUGCCUUCAGUCAUGUUAGAGAAAUUUGCAUAAAGGAAGGAAACAAGAAUCAAGUAUGGAAUUUACUGAAUCAAGUUUUACUGAUUGCAACAGAAAACAGACACAAUCGGUUUUACCUGCGAUAUCUACUGAAUAAUCCCGACCACGUACCAGUUGAAUUGAUAAAUGGCCACAAUGCAGCAUUAUCAGGAACUUACAAGUAUGCUCUUGGAGAAUAUGUGGCUGUACUAAGACACUGUCCUGAGGACCCCCUUGUCAACCUCUGUAUAGGACUGACAUUUAUUCACUUGGCAGGCCAGAAGUUUUCUUCCAAGAAGCAUUCUCUUUUCUGUCAGGGUCUUACUUUUUUGAACAACUACACCGAACUGAGAGGUGAAUGCCAGGAAACAUACUACAACAUGGGCAGAGCUUUACAUCAGCUAGGAUUGACUUAUGCAGCUGUCCACUACUACAAAAAAGGUCUGUCAUACCCACCUGUGGUAGAGGAUGAGGAGAACCGGUUUGAUCUAACUCGACAGCUGGCUUAUAACCUGAUGCUGAUCUACAAAAACAGCGGGUCAGACGCCCUGGCCAGGCAAAUUAUGCACCAAUACCUGGUUAUCUGAGAAAAUUCAUCAGAAGGGGCAAUGGUACUAUCAGAUUCACAGCACAAGAACAGAAGUCGGUGCAUAGAAGUCUAAGAGGAUGUCGCAUGUCAUGAAAUCAACAUUUCUUCAAAGAACUUCAAUCUCAGACACACACUUUGAAAAUGAAAGGAAGAAUGCUGCUGAUGUUUUGUGCAAACUUCAACUCCUAAAAAUGGAAAAGGCAUAACACCAGUGAAGUCAAAUUCAGAUUUGAUUUCCAGAGACCUUGACUGUAGGCUUAAUGUGAAACAACCUUGACCUACAUAUUAGUGUGAUCCUUUUUCCAACAAAGGUCAAAGAUCUCUCAACUGGUCAAGAAUCAAGAUACAUGAUUGGUUGAUUUUUUAUACUGUUUUGGCAAUAUUUCAGCCAUUUUACAGUGGUUUCAAGAUACAUGUAUAUAGGCCUAAUGUGUUAUAUCUGUGAGGCUUUGGAAACCCAGAUGUCGUCUGUCAGUGUCGAAUGCAGAAUGAUGAGUGAAUGUAAAACCCAGAUGUCGUCUGUCAGUGUCGAAUGCAGAAUGAUGAGUGAAUGUAAAACCCAGAUGUCGUCUGUCAGUGUCGAAUGCAGAAUGAUGAGUGAAUGUAUUUCAGUUGUUAAAGAGUUAUCACUAGAAAUAAAUUGGUGAGCUAUACAAG